UGUCAGAUGUUAGAAUCGUAGGAGUAAUAUCGUUGGAGUUGACAUUUUCUCAACUCUAGCAAUCCAUUCCGAUAUGUUUCGGUUUUUAUUUAUAAAAAUUACCAACUACAAUCGAAGAAGUUAGUAAGAAUUACUCUACAAUGGAAUUUGCUAGAUCCGUAUUGGGAAUGCCUCCGGAAGGAUACAGCAGUAAAGGCACAACAGUGGAAACAUUGUCUGAUGAUGAUGAAUCUUAUCCACAUGAUGUUGGUGAAUCUAUCAGCAUUCGAGCUAAUUUAUUUGGUUCCCCUUCUGGUCAGGGAUAUUCUCCUGCACCUGGUGGUCCAUUUUCAGCUCUCACUCCGUCAAUGUGGCCUCAAGAUUUAUUAGCAUCAUUUGCCCAGCCAGAAGAUGCAGCAUCAUAUCCAGAUUUUCGUUUUGAUGAAUUUGGAUUCAGGAUAGAAGAAGAAGGUGAAAUAAUUACAAUUUAAUUAUGCAUAUGUUAAAUAUAUUUAUUUAUCUUA